CAAAUUCUCACUUUCACCACAUGCCGCCCGCUGUCCUGCGAGACAUGGGCGUGGCUGGGACACGGAAAACAUGAGCAAGCCCGCCUUCAACUUCCUCCGCCCCUACCUCUGCGGAGCCAGCCAGUCGCUGAAGCCGCACCAUGCGCGAGCCUACCUUGGUGUGCAGAGACGCUUCGCUUCGCGCACAGUCGCCUACCCGUACACGGGCCCGCAUCAUGUCGAGAAGCAGAAGCGGCUGGAGCAGCUGGCCGAUGUAAAGUCGCUGGGUGACUAUCACCCGAGACUGGUGCACUCGCCCGACGUCGACACCUUGUCGCUGCGUGACUUCAACGCAAAGUAUGAAGGUAUUUCGGAAACGGUCGAGGAUGUCGUGUCUGUCUUUGGAAGGGUGCGCUCAGUGCGGAAGCUUAGUUCCGGUUUGAUGUUUCUUGACGUGGAGCGUGAUACACAGCGUCUGCAAGUCUUGUCUGAGCUGAAGAAGCUCACGCAGAACAGCGCGAGCGAAGACUAUGACAGCUUCAGGAAGGUGGUUAGAGUCGGUGACUGGAUCUCAAUCACAGGCAAUCCAACAAGGACACCAGCUGGACAGCUUUCCAUCCAAGCCCUCCAAGCACCCCAGGUGCUGGCUCCGUGCCUUCACCACCUACCAAUCAAGGUUGACGAUGCCGAGACGCUCGCGCGACGGCCCCAUAUACACGGUCUCACGAGCCAUGAGCCUGGCGAUGUGCUUCGUCUUCGCGCACUCAUAUACGAUUACGUCCGCACCUACUUUAUCCAAAGCGGAUUCUUGGAGGUCGAGACGCCCAUCUUCGACGUCAAGCCUGGAGGCGCCAUGGCUCGCCCCUUUGAGACGGUCGCCAACGAGCUACCCGACAUGCCAAUCCGCCUGCGCAUAGCACCGGAGCUGAACCUCAAGCGUCUGAUCAUCCAAGGGCAAGACAAGAUAUUCGAAAUCGGACGCGUCUUCAGAAACGAGGGCGUGGAUAACACGCACAACCCUGAAUUCUCCACGUGCGAGUUUUACGAAGUGGGCGCCACGCUCCCUGACGUCAUUGCGAGGACGGAGCAGCUCAUCCACGGCCUUCACACUGCCAUUGAGUCCCUGCGACCAUCGUUUUUUCCCUCACUGACGCCCCCGCAAGGCAUCGACUUUUCGCUGCCCUUUGCACAACUCCCCUUCAUUCCAACGAUUGAGCAAGCCAGUGGGCGCAAACUGCCCGACCUCUCAACGCCCAGUUCGACCGGCGCCGUCUUGCGGCUGUUCGAGGAACUCGGUCUCCAGAUUCCACCCAACCCAACGUUGCCGCGCUUGCUUGAUGCUUUGGCCGAAGUCUACAUCGAGCCACUAUGCCAGGAGCCAACAUUUAUAUCCCAGCACCCGGAGGCGCUCUCGCCACUGUCCAAGUCGUACGUGGACGAAGCGACGGGCCAGCGCGUGGCCUCGCGUGUGGAGCUGUUUAUCCACGGGCGCGAAUACGUCAACGCUUACGAGGAGGAAAACUCGCCGUUUGAGCAGCGGAGAAAGUUUGAGCUGCAGCGCGACUUUCACGUCGAGAGCCAGGGAGAGCUUGAUGAGAGCUAUCUCGAGGCGCUUGAGUGGGGGAUGCCGCCGACGGGGGGCUGGGGCUGUGGUCUGGACAGGCUGGUGAUGCUAUUUGCGAGCAAGAAGCGCAUUUCAGAUGUGCUGCCGUUUGGGACGCUGAGGAACGUGGUUAGCAUUUCCACGAAACGGCCAAAGAAGAAGGAAGAAAGGAGAAAGGAGAAGGCAGAAUGGAAAAUAGAGACUGAAGAAAGGAGAAAGGAGAAAGACGCAAUGAGAUUGGAGAUUGGAGAAAGAGAAAGAGAAAGGAGAAUGGAGAACGAAGAAUGAAGAAUAAAGAAUGAGACGACGAAGCCUGGCCAUCCUGUAAGCGUCAUGUGACGAUGCAAUCAGCAAGUGAUGUGGAAGCAAUAUGGCAAGCUUCUCCUUGGCCUUGACGUUUCAUGGAGCCACUCUAUGGAUGCCAUGUUACUUGUGUCCUCUUACUUGUCCACGUCUUCCAUAUGUGCAACGAGUAUCCCCCAGCAUGCUGCCUCUAUCAUCAGCAAGCUAGUCA